AUGCUGUCCAAGACCCUGUUCAUCCUCGCUUCGGCUGUCACUCUGGUCAACAGCCAAUUUGACCCGACAUCGGUUACCCUUGCUACAAGACAGGCCUGGUGUAACUCCCAGACAUCCACAUGUCCCCUCCUCUGUCUACAACUACGAGGAGCCUCGGGUUCACCAACAACAAAUAACUGCUCCGCCGAAACACUAGCCUACGACUGCACAUGCAGCAACGGCGUCAGCCCUAACGCCACUGAAUAUUCCCUGACAAUCCCCUACUACAUCUGCACGGAAACCAACAGCCAAUGCGUUCUCAACUGCGACGGUAACACCACUUGCCAGAAUAACUGCAGAGUAGAUAACCCUUGUGGAGCCCAGAAUCCCAAGCGUAUCAAUGUGACUACUACUACUACUACCGCCAACACUGCUACCGCUACUGCAUCCGAGACCCCUCUCAAUACCCUUGUCAAUGGCAAUGGAGAUACCGGCGCUACUGGCGCUGCUCCGCGCAUGGUCUCUGUUGAUAUCAGCCAUGUCUACGGGCUUUGUGUUUUGGUUGGUGGGUUUGUUGCCGGCUUUGCUGCUCUCUUGUAG